UGAGGCAACAGCCGGUGCAGGACGUAUCGCCACGGUGUCGGUGUUGAGACACUCGUCCCGGUCGUCCAGCCCGGGCGUGUCUUCGGCAUCAAGUCCACAUCGACACCGACAGGCGAUAUGAGUACGAAAUUCAUAAUUGAUAGUAUGCUACCUGCUAAGUACCAACAAUUCCACCCUCAACAGUUGUUCUCAAGCGCGACUCCAGGUACCAUUCAGUGCACGACGAGUCCGGCCACCGCGAGCCUAGAAUCGAGUUUAUCCGCGGCUGCAGUAGCGGCCGCGGCAGUCAAUUACGCACAGCAGCACAAUUCACCGAGCCCGACGGGUUCGAGUCCCCAGCACUCGGGAAGCUCUGCUUCGACAUCACCGGCGGCACGUACCACAUCCAGUAUGUAUCCAUACGUGUCCGCCGCAGCGGCGCAUCAUCAUCAUCAGCAGCAGCAAGCGGUCGCGGCCGCCGCAUUCGGUGCGACGUCGAGUAUGGUGCCCGGUUUCGGCUCCACGGCAGCGUCCAGCGCUGCUCUAGCCGCCGCCGCUGCCGUCGACGCCGCGACCGCCGGCGACAAAUCGUGCCGUUACACAGCUAGUCUGACCGGCAAUGUAGCACCUGCCUCCGCCGACCCUAUGGUUAACUAUACUCUAGGCCACCAUCAUCAGAACGGCGCUACGCCCGGUAGCCUCGUCUCAUCCGCGUCCGCAUCCUCGGCUGUUGUCGAUCCUUUGACGUCCUGCCAACAACCCACCACAGGUCAACCUGGGAUCUCGGAUAUACCCCGGUAUCCAUGGAUGUCUAUUACCGAUUGGAUGAGUCCAUUUGACAGAGUGGUUUGCGGUCCGAAUGGCUGUCCGAGGCGCAGAGGUCGGCAAACAUACACCCGGUUCCAAACGUUGGAAUUAGAAAAAGAAUUUCACUUUAAUCACUAUCUGACGCGACGACGACGAAUAGAGAUCGCGCAUGCACUCUGCCUGACGGAACGACAGAUCAAGAUCUGGUUCCAGAAUCGGCGAAUGAAACUGAAAAAGGAGUUGAGGGCAGUCAAAGAGAUCAACGAACAAGCCAGACGCGAGCGUGAGGAGCAAGAUAUGAUGAAGAAACAGCAGGCGGAGAAACAGGCCAAGAUACAGCAGGAGCAGCAGAGCGCCGCUCUUCAGCAUCAGCAGCAACAUCACGUAAGCGGCCUGGAAAAAACGCAAAGCGAUCUUCUGAAAGCAGUCAGUAAGGUACCCACAUAG